AGCAUCGAAGCAGCGUGCCAGUGUGUAAAAGCGCAUGACAAUCUCACUUUAUAAAAGCUGCAGUCUCUUAAUUGAAUAGUUCAGUCCAUCAUUGUUAUCCCAGGAUUCACAGUUAUCAUCCUUCAUGUACACAGCGAAAUGAACAGAUGCGCUCGGAUCCAAGAAGGGAGGCGUGUACACGGUGAAGGAGAAACGCUCUCCGUGCGUUUUGUGCUCGGUGGGCAUCAGAAUGGCUUGAGCGUCCACGGAAGACAGCCAGUCGUUGAAAGUAUACCUGACACCAACUUCUCUCGUGUUACUCGUGCUCAUCGCUCUUACGAUCCCACACACAUCAAACUGCGUGUACGUGACGCUUUCCAACGCGACGCAACAGCGCUUGAGCCGCGUCUCCAAGUCACCGGAGUCCACGGGCAUCUUGAAAGCAGAAUGAGUGGAAGUGGGUCACAGUCUUUGUUUUUCAUCAGUCUUCCAGAUCUGAGGAAUUUAUGUUGUGUAAAUCUGUUCUUCCCGAACACUUUCGAUGCAGGAGAGCUGACAAACAAGCAAAUGAAAACCUGCAGAGAACUUGUGCUCUUGUAUCCAGACAUUGUUGCUUCACCUGUGUUGGGGCAUUUUGGGGGCAUUACUGUUGUAAUGACUAUUGCCUGUUACAAGAGUGGCAUCAUCCAGGCCUUUGCAGAGAAACAUGAUCUACAGUUCAACCCUCCUAAAAGGGUUUUGCCUUCCAUUCUGCAGAGCUGUUUGUUUUAUUCAGUGACUGCGAAACUGGCCCCCAAAUGGAACAAAGCUGGCCAAUACCUCAUUGCAGGAAAAGACUUCCUCAGUCACUCUGGAAAACUAAAUUCAGUAGUGCUAGAGCUGAAUGUCACAGAGACUCAACUGUGUGUCAGUGUGGAAGCCAAUACAGUAAGGAUUUCCCCAACUGUGAUAGAGGAUUUUGAUUUUCCUACUCCAGUGGUGAAAAACUUCCUCCAAUCUAAUGCUGCUGUGCUUCACACAGUCAUGCCAAAUAACUGGUGCCACAUUCUGCCAAGUAUGAAGAAAGGGCAGAUCAUCAGUAUCAGUCGCAGGAUUCCACAUGAUUGCCCAUUCCAGUCUUACACAGACUUGCAAAAGCACUGGAACAGCAUGUAUGGCUAUCAGCUGCCUUCAGUAAGGGAAGAGGAAAUGAUCUACUGCAGUGUGCACUUUAAACCAAUAGGAGACAAACUGUUUACAUAUCCACUGUGCUGUAUACGCACUCAGCCAAUACAGUGCUUUCCCAGAGUUGACCUGCAAGGGGUGCUGAGAACCUUCAUAUCAGAACUGUGGGAAGGACUGGAGUUUGUGUGUGGGUUUCCAGUGCAGAUGGCCAGCAAGCCUUGCUACUACAACAAUGAAUUGAUCAGACCAAUCUGUCAGUGCUCUGGGGCACUGCCUGUGAAUUUGACAACAGAAAACACCAGCAGGGCUGUGCUAAAUCAAAGACCCAGCAGCUGGACUUCCUCCAACUGCGCAAGACCAUCCACUUCCUCUCCCGCAAAUGCUCAUUUUACACACAGCCAGUCUCAGUCUGUGUUUCAGAGGCCAAAGCUUGUGCCAGUCUUCAAGAACAAAUCACACAUCGGUCAUGUGAACAUGAUGACCAAGACCCCUGCAGAGAAACAGCAGAAAUUAGAAGGGCAGAAAUUGACUGCAAUUAUAAGGCCUGUUCCAUCUUCCAGUCUGUCAUCUUCUUCCAGUCUACAAUGCUCCACCCCAUCAGCCAUUUUUGACCAGUUAAAAAGGCCAGGCCCUGAGCGGUUGACCUUAUCCAUUUCUGUGGGUCAAAAGGCCAUCAAUAGGGUCGCUCAGGUUCUGCCACAGCAGCCUUUUGUUUACACACAGCCCCAACGCAUGCCUGAGAUACCCAGCAACAGAGGGGGAGAUGUAUUUGAGUCAAAACCAAAGAGACUCAAACAGAGUGUGCAAGACGUGGAGAAAUAUGCAAAAAGCAAUAAGCUCUCAAAGGUCAACUCAGCGACUCUGCAGGCUUGGUUGAAGAGUCGAGGAUUCUGUGUACGCUCCAAGGACAAGAAAGAGGAGCUAGUGUCAAAGGUCAUGAUAGUCAUAAAAAGUGAAACUUAAGGCACAGGUUGUGUUAUUCACCUGAAAACCACACUAUUGAUGAGAUUUUGCAUACUAAGCUUUUAAUCUUGCUAAACGAGUUUUUGCUUGUUCUAUUGGUAAACUUGACUCUUUUGUCAUUUCGAUAAUAAGAUUGUCAUGUGUUGUUCCAUGUUGUUUAUUUCACAAGACACUUGGCUAAAGCCAUUCUUUCAAGCAAGACCAAACAACCUUUUAAACUGUUUAAUUGGAUCCAGAGCUUUGAAAGGACUCUAGAUAAAGAAAAAGAAAAAAGUAGUUUUCUUUGCAUAAUUGUUCAUACCCUACUACGACAUGCAAUUUGUAAGAGCACAUAACUAAAAAGUUAAUAGAGAUAGCAUGGAUAAUUUGGUCUGGAAGAAUUUGAUGAGAAAUGUUUAAAUUCAGAGACAUGGAGACAUUGGAAUCUUAGCAAAUCUGAGCACAGUUGCAGAAAACACUGAUGGAAGUGUGAUGCUGACUUUCACCAACCCUAAUGACAUUUCAGAUUCCAAAGACUGUGGAGUCAGAGGCCCUUGACUAAAAUGGAAAUCAGACCCAGCUACUUUGAUGGCUAAUGAUAGGGCAAAACUACUCAGCUUGCUGUAUCUUAAAACAGCAAUAUCACUCUUGUCUUUUUUUCCUUUUUGACCUUUAUUCUAAAAAAAACUGACUUGAAAAGCUUAGCAGUAAGUAGGAAGACAUGCAAGAGUAACUAUGCACUUCUGAAGGGCAAAUUUAGUCAGGCUUUAAAAAGAGCUGUGCAUGUUUUGCACAUCAAAGUUUUGAAUGUGAAACAGACUUCCUACCGCCCCCACUGUGACUAACAGGGCGAAUGUUAUUCAUUAUUGUAACGGCUUCCAAUGUCAGUAUAUUUAAUUGCUGGAUGACUUGUUUGUAACAGCAAAGCAGGAGUUUGUUGAGUUAUUGGUUAAUAGUUUAAGUCCUU